AUGGGAGCCGAGCAGUCGUCAUGCGGCGUGAAGACCGAGGGACGGCGGCUGCUCAAGGCGGUCGAGGAUGGACACGUCGCAGACGUGGGCGCUGCCCUGCGCCACAACCUUGGGUUUGUGUACUGGAGCACAUUCUCUGGUGGCAACACGGUCUGGCAUAAGGCCGCCAAAUCCGGCCAGCUGGGGAUCCUCAAGGCGAUGGCGCACGCCGUGGAGUCCGCAUACAGCGCGCCAAAGGACACGGAGGAGGGUCAUCAGCUGCAGGCGCUCCUGAAGGUGGGCCCCAGCCCCCAGGAGGCCGUCAAGCGCCUGGUCAACCUGGUCAACUUCAAGCGGUGCACGCCGCUGAUGCUGGCGGCGGCGCGAGGGCACACAGAGGUCGUCAAGUGGCUGCUGCAGCAGGGCGCCAUGCUCCUGAUCCACGACCGCAUCCGCCACCAGACCGCGCUCCACUACGCCAUUAUCGGCGGCAACAUCGACUGCGUGCGCCUGCUGCUCGGCGCGGCCGCCCACACCGCGCCGGCGGCGCCUGGCACGGCGCAGCGGGGCCCGACGGAGCGGCAGCUGCUGCUGUCAUCGGCCAACCAUGCAGGGCUGACGGCGCUGCACUAUGCGGUGCAUGAGGAGCGGUACGACGCGAUGAAGCUGCUGCUCAGCUCCGGCGCAGACAUCAACGCGCAGGCCGAAUACCCUGAUCUGGACUGGGCCAGCGUGAAUGCGGGGGACACACCGAUGCACGUCGCCGCCGCCAAGGGCAGCAUCGAGGCCAUCCGUAUCCUGCUCAAGGGAUUUGUUGAGACCAGCGGGCUGCUGUGCCCCGAGCACGCGCCGCCGCGCCACAUCCGCGACCCACGUGGCGUGCGCAACGACUACGGCCGCCUGCCCUACCACCUGGCCAUGCGCAAGCAGUUCACCUGGCUGAGUGAGCUGCUCGACCCAUCGGUCCCAGUCAGCUGCUGCGCGUGCCGCGCCCUGCUAUGA